CAUUCAGUACCACUCUGAUUCAAUCUAUCGGCGUGUGUUUUUGGGGACGGGUUGUUGGAGUAGGAGUCGCCGGGCGGCUGUGCAUCUCAAACGCUUUUUGGGAAAGAAACGCAAAUGAAAAUUGCACUACAGACUGAAGAAACGACCCCCGCAGACUUCUGUCAAAUUAUUCAACGUAACGACUGCGCCACACGCACAACCAACAAACGCAACCAGGCUAUCAAAUGCUAGCCAGCUAGCAUCCCUGAAAACGGACGGGAUCAAGGUGUUGAUAGCUAGCCUCCCAGCUAAUUACCCAUCAGCUAGCAUCCUCCUUCCAUAGCAUUAUUAGCUUGCUUCUCCACCUCGCGCACGUCGGAACCGAACGUUGCUCGUGGCGGUGCCUUUCAGCUCGCGAGCACCAAAUCCAACCAACGGACCACGGAGCCUCCGAACUAGCUGCUGCCGGAGACGCCGUCUGCUUUGCGUUAGUUGGCACCAUCACACCCAUCUCCCCAACCCUUCACCUCUGCCCCUGUCCCACCACCAGAAACACUGGAAAUCCACAAGCGGCCGGUGAGCGGCGAAGGGCCGGCGAAGCUGGGGGUGGUUACGGUACCCGACUCGCCGGGAGUCGUAACGGCUACAGAGAAGCUCAGCUGUGGGGAACUACCGACAAGUAUGGACGGGCUCGCCGUGGAAGUUCGCGGCUCGAAUGGGGCCUUCUACAAGGGUUACAUCAAAGAUGUCCACGAAGACUCGCUAUCAAUUGUUUUUGAAAACAACUGGCAGCCAGAGAGACAGUUGCCCUUCAGCGAUGUGCGGUUGCCUCCUCCAGCGGAAUACAACAAGGAUAUUGGUGAAGGAGAGGAGGUGGAGGUUUACUCGAGGGCCAACGAACAGGAGCCAUGUGGCUGGUGGCUGGCCCGAGUCCGAAUGAUGAAGGGAGAGUUCUACGUGAUAGAAUACGCCGCAUGCGACGCCACAUACAACGAGAUUGUCACAGCGGAGCGCAUCAGGCCCCUCAACCCCAACAGCCCUUCCUCUCGAAACUCCUUUCACAAGGUCCCCAUCCCUAUCCCAGAAGACCUGAGGGACAUCUGUGAAAAUGAUAACAUUCACAAAGAGUUCAGGAAAGCAAUCGGAGCCAACUGCAUCUUCUACAGUGCCCAAACACACGAACUCAUUGUGCUGUCUACAAAUGAAACCACAGUAAAGCGUGCAUCUCUUCUGAGCGACAUGCAUUUCCGAAGCAUCCGUACCAAACUCAUGCUAAUGUCCCGCAACGAAGAAGCCACCAAACACUUGGAGACAAGUAAGCAGUUAGCAUCCGCGUACCAGGAGGAGGUGAAGGUCAGGGAGGACCUGAUGGGCCUAGCCAUCGGUUCCCAUGGUGCCAACAUCCAGCAGGCAAGGAAGGUGCCCGGUGUCACAGCCAUCGAGUUGGAGGAGGAAAGCUGCACAUUCAGAAUCUACGGAGAGUCCCCAGAGGCAGUAAAGCAGGCUAGAGAGUUUCUAGAAUUCAAAGAAGACUACUUUCAGGUACCCAGGAACCUUGUUGGUAAAGUCAUCGGCAAAAGUGGCAAAGUCAUUCAGGAGAUUGUGGACAAGUCGGGUGUGGUCCGCGUGCGGAUUGAGGGAGACAACGACAAGAAGCUUCCCCGGGAGGAGGGAGGCAGGCCGGCGGCGGUCAGGGAGGACACUGCCAGCAGCAAAGAGGGACUGGUUCCCUUUGUGUUUGUGGGAACUAAAGAGAACAUCAGCAACGCCCAGGCUCUGUUGGAGUACCAUGUGUCCUACCUCCAGGAGGUGGAGCAGCUGCGCAUGGAGCGUCUCCAGAUCGACGAGCAGCUCCGCCAGAUCGGGGUCGGGUACCGGGCACCUCCCACUCGAACCGGGGGACCCGGUGUUGAGCGGGAGAAAGGCUACCUGACAGAUGACAGCACAAACUCACUCCACACCUCUCGUACCUAUGGAGGCCGCGGCAGAGGGCGCAGGGCCUCCAACAGCCAGCACUCUGGAUAUGGCACAAAUUCUGAGCUGUCCAAUGCUUCGGAGCCAGAGGAAGUUGGCGAGCGAGAGCAGCGCCCCCGCGGCAUUGGCGGAGAUGAGAGAGGCUCCCGACGCGGCGGCAGGGGCCGAGGCGCUAACUCAGGACGAGGCCGUGGGGGGCCAGCAUCCAAGCCCUCCAAUUCCAUUAGCUCGGUGCUGAAGGACCCAGACAGUAACCCAUACUCCCUGCUGGAGGGUGAGGGAGAGCUGGCCGACACAGACAAUGCUGACGGCGUGGGAGGAGAACGCCGCAGGCGCUCCCGCCGUCGCCGCAACGACCAGGAGCCCAGCGUGAUGGACGCUGCCACAGAGUCGGACAGCCAGGCCGGCCCCAGCGAGAACGGACUGGAUGAUGAGGCCCGACCUCAGCGCCGCAACAGAAGCCGCCGCCGCCGCAACCGUGGCAACCGCCCAGAUGGAGGUUCAGCCAGCCGUGACAGGCAGACAGCAGAAAGUGUGUCUGUUGCUGACUACAUAUCCCGUGCGGAGUCCCAGAGUAGAGAGAACCUGCCGCAGAAGGAAAACCACACUGGCCCAGAGCCCAAGGAGAACGGGACCAGUACCACUAAGGAUGAGCCAACGCCCUCAAAGGGUUCCCCUAACAAAGGCAUGAGCGCAACUAGUGAGACCCUGACCUUGGUCAAUGGGGUCUCGUAAGGAGACGGCCAUGCCCCUCGCGAACCCAAGUCUAGAGCAAGACUCCAUGGCAAACUCUGUCCCUGCUUGCAUUAACUUAAACCUUAAACUGAUGAGUGAAAAGUACCUGACAAAAUACCUGAAUUCAUACUAUGAGUGAAAAAGUACAAAAAAACAACAAACGCAUCUACUUAAAAACACACGUUACCGGUGUAUGCUAUCCUAUCUAUCAGUACUUAGUGCUUAUUUAAGAAAAAAAGAAAAAAAAAGAAAACUAGCUUGCCAAAAAGAGCUGGUGGAUAUGACUUGAUUUUUAAAAUACUGAAAUACGAGAAACAGGACGAGACUUUAUUUUUUGUUUGUUUUUUGAAACGGUUGUCUUUAUUUGUGUAUUUUUCGUUCAUUGUUUAUCACUGGUUUGGACUUGGCGGGUCGCUCUCUCAACCAAAACAGUCGCGUCUCUUAAAGUGCAGUUGAGAGGGAUGUAAGCUGUAGGGAGCGGCGUACAAGCAGACAGUUCAAUAGCUUAUGUGACGCGAUGUCCGCACACUGAACCUGGGUGGAGGCAGGCAGGCAGGCAGACAGAUCGGGAUACUGAUAGACAUUGUGCCUUGAAUUUGAAAAAAUAAAAAAUAAAAUAAAAACUUGAGCUUUUCCAUUUAAGUUUGUUUUUGUUUCCCAAGAGGAAGAAAAAAAGCGGGAGGUAUUCUACCAGGUUUAGUUAUUUUUUAGAGGUAGGAGGUGGGGGUCGGAAAAGAGAACAGAUGAGUGAAGACUAAAAUGUGUGAAUAGAGGGAACAGAAAAGGAAGGAGUGGUUAGCCAACGCGAGGCAAAAACAAGUCCGUGCCAAACACGAAAUUCAAGGCGCUCGUCCUCAUUCCGCAUAGAGUGGACGGCUUAGGGGUCAGUACGUGUGUGUUUUUGUGUGCACAGUUAAGAUAUUUGGCAACCACGGAGCAAAACUGGAAAGGGUGAGGUAACAAAACGUGAGGCGGGUCGCACAGCGAGGGGUCGCUACUUGUUGACAGGCCAGGGGUGGGGUCGUCGUCUUCUUCCUCCUCCGCCUAACGCGUUCCAGGACUUUUGAGGGUCCAGGGCGGCUCCCAUGCAGCCAUGUAGAACAGAACAGGCUGAGACCAGACCGAGGGCAGACUUGAACUAUAGAUUUAGACUUAAAGAGAACUAUACCGUGCCUCUUUCUCUGUGGCGGCGGUGCUAGCUUCCAGCCACACUAGUGUCUUGAUAAACCACUGCAGCGCACAGCUCCAGAUGCACACAAGGGCGACCACCUUUCUGGGCACGGGUGCUGCUAGUGGACGGGGAGGGGGAGGGGGGGGGUGAGGGCUUCUUGACUGGGGAUCGGGAUAGCUUAAAAAGAAACGAGAGCCACGAAGACACACAGGCCCACACUAGCAGGAUACAUGCGCGUGCAAGUCAACGCGUUCGCCUGCGUGGCGCCAAGUAGAGGUCGGCGGCAGGAAAAACCAAACAAAGCUAGCGAGGUGUCGGUCUUGUACCUGACGGCUUUGGGUUGACAAGUGGGAGUACGAGAGGAAAUCGAAAACCUCAGCGGCUCUCUGCUCAUGUUGUUACUGUUGUCUUGGUUACCGCUCACAAGUUUUUUUUUUUGUUGCUAUUUCCACAACUUAGAAAAAAACAUGAAAUAAAAAAAUUUAAGUGAAAUCAACCUCUUCUCUGGAGACGAACUUUGAUUUGUAUGUCUUGUGAGUUUGCAGUCUAUUUUUCUAUUGUGCAUGGUAUUUAGUUAGCGAGUAUUAAGUGGUGCCUGUCCUGUGCAUGAGGAAAGGGUGUUAUUAAUCUGACUUACCAAGCCAUUGUUUCAUUCACUAUAAUUGCUGCUAAUGUACACAUUGAAUGUCCAACUAACCUAGAAACUCUUAUCUUGAAAAGAGAAACUAUUUGUGACUUCAAAUACAGUUUGACCGCCGCCGCCCCCCCCCCAACCACCGCCCACGAUCUGUCAAGAAGGCCUGCGUUUUUAACCGUGGAUAGCAUUCGGGAAGGGACACUGUCCCUUCGCUCACAAGUUGUCGGAGUCUCAAAGUAUUACCUUUUUAGGAGGGCAACGUUGUGCUUGACAAGCAGGCGUCCACAUGACCAAAGGUUUAGUGAGCCAGGUGAAUGGGAUUGUGGUUGAGAUGACCCAGAUGCUGCUGUCGUACAUUUCUGCUCGCCCGUAUAUUGUGAUUUUAUUAAAGAAUGAACGAGCACUUGAGUAUUUGUACUCCGGUUCAGUCGCAUGUGUGUGAGUGGAGGACGAAGCCCCUGUCUGGUUUGUUUGUGUUUACCUUUAUACCUCAGUGUGAGUACUGUCUACCCUUGUGUAUCUGUACCCCUGCGUCCUGUUGAGGUGCGUGCGUGCGUGUGCGUGCGUGCGUGUGUGUGUGUGUGUGUGUGCAGUCGGUCCUCACUCUUGUCAGAUUUUGUCUCUGGUUUUCUCUCUCAUGUUCUGAUGGCAAUAAAGGACUUUUCAUUGUUUGGUAUA